AUGGCGACGUCCCGCGCUGCCCGCGCCUUCCUCUUUCUGCUCCUGCUCUGCCUGCCGGCGCCGCGGCGAGGGGCGCGGGUCGGCGGGCAGCGCCCGCGAGGCUGCCCCGCUCCGUGCCGCUGCGAGCAGGACGGCGUGCUGCUCCGAGCCGACUGCUCCGACCGCGGGCUCACCGCCGUGCCCGCCAACCUCAGCCUCUUCACCUCCUACCUUGAUCUCAGUAUGAACAACAUUACUAAGCUGCCCUCAAACCCUGUGCACAAUCUCCGCUUCCUGGAAGAGCUACGUCUUGCAGGAAAUGGCUUGACAUACAUUCCUAAGGGAGCAUUUGCUGGCCUUUUCAGUCUUAAAGUGCUGAUGCUGCAGAAUAACCAGCUACGCCAGGUUCCUACUGAAGCACUCCAGAACUUGCGCAGCCUGCAGUCUCUGCGUCUGGAUGCCAACCACAUCAACUAUGUGCCCCCCAACUGCUUCAGUGGCUUGGUCUCCCUUAGACACCUGUGGCUAGACGAUAAUUCUUUGACAGAAAUUCCUGUCCAAGCUUUUAGGAGUUUACCAGCACUUCAGGCAAUGACAUUGGCACUGAAUAAAAUUCAUUACAUACCAGACUAUGCCUUUGGAAACCUCUCCAGUUUGGUAGUUCUACAUCUCCAUAACAAUAGAAUCUAUUCCCUGGGAAAGAAAUGCUUUGAUGGGCUCCACAGCCUAGAGACAUUAGAUUUAAAUUACAACAGUCUGGACGACUUCCCCACUGCUAUCAGGACACUAACAAACCUAAAAGAACUGGGAUUUCAUAGCAAUAAUAUCAAGUCAAUACCUGAGCGUGCAUUUGUGGGUAAUCCAUCACUUAUUACUAUACAUUUUUAUGAUAACCCUAUCCAACUUGUUGGAAAAUCUGCUUUUCAACACUUACCAGAACUCAGAACUCUGGCUUUAAAUGGUGCUUCACAGUUAACAGAGUUUCCUGAUCUGACAGGGACUACAAGUCUGGAGAGUUUGACACUCACAGGAGCACAGAUCACCUCUCUCCCCAGAUCAGCUUGUGACCAGUUACCUAAUCUCCAAGUGCUGGAUCUGUCUUAUAACCUGCUGGAAGAUUUACCCUGUUUUACUGCAUGUAAAAAACUCCAAAAAAUUGACUUGCAUCACAAUGAAAUCGGUGAAAUCAAAGCAGACACAUUUCGGCAGCUGGCUGCUCUUCGAUCUCUGGAUUUAGCUUGGAACAAAAUUAAAAUUAUUCACCCCAAUGCCUUCUCCUCUUUACCAUCUCUGAUCAAACUGGAUGUGUCAUCCAACCUUUUGUCCUCUUUUCCUGUGACGGGGCUACAUGGUUUAACUCAUUUAAAAUUAACAGGAAAUCAUGCCCUACAAAGUUUGAUAACAUCUGAAAAUUUUCCAGAACUCAAGGUCAUGGAAAUGCCUUAUGCUUAUCAGUGCUGUGCCUUUGGAGCUUGUGAGAGCCACUACAAAAUCUCCAGCCAAUGGAACAAAGAUGAGAAUAGCAGCAUUGAUGAUUUUCACCGGAAGGAUGCUGGGCUGUUACAAAUUCAAGAUGAACGUGAUUUUGAGGAUUUUUUUCUUGACUUUGAAGAAGAUUUGAAAUCUCAUCAUUCAGUGCAGUGCUCACCUUCUCCAGGUCCCUUUAAACCCUGUGACCAUCUGUUUGGUAGCUGGCUAAUUAGAAUUGGAGUGUGGACCAUCGUGGGUUUAACCUUAAUUUGCAAUGCACUGGUGUCUGCUACCGUUUUCGGAUCUCCAUUGGAUAUGUCCUCCAUAAAACUUUUGAUCGGUUUAAUAGCUGUUGUAAAUGCCUUGAUGGGUCUGGCCAGUGGAGUACUGGCUAGCGUGGAUGCAUCAACUUUUGGUAGCUUUGCUCAGUAUGGAGCACAGUGGGAAAGUGGAAUUGGUUGCCAAAUAACUGGCCUUCUCUCCAUUUUUGCUUCUGAGGCUUCCAUUUUGCUCCUUACCCUAGCUGCACUCGAACGUGCAUUCUCUUUAAAGCAUGCUGCAAAGUUUGAAACAAAAUCCUCCAUUGCUGGUGCAAAAAUUGCCAUUUUCUUUUGCUUUGUAUUGGCACUAAUCAUUGCAGUGAUACCGCUUCUCACUGGAAGUGAGUAUGGGAUUUCUCCGCUUUGUUUACCACUACCGUUUGGAGAAUCCACUGCUAUGAGCUACAUGGUAGCACUGGUAUUACUGAACUCCCUUUGUUUUCUGGUAAUGACUAUUGCUUAUACAAAGCUCUACUGUAGUUUAGAAAAGGGAGAACUAGACAACAUUUGGGAUUGCUCUAUGGUCAAACAUAUAGCCUUGCUACUUUUUACUAAUUGCAUUCUUUAUUGCCCUGUGGCCUUUUUAUCUUUUUCCUCCUUACUAAACCUCACCUUUAUCAGCCCAGAAGUGAUUAAGUCAAUACUCCUAGUGAUUGUCCCGCUGCCAGCAUGUCUAAACCCACUGCUUUAUAUACUUUUCAAUCCACACUUUAAGGAGGAUUUUGGAAGUCUGCGAAAGCAAACUUUGUUAUGGCGGAGAUCAAAACACACUAGUCUGAUCUCUGUGAAUUCAGAAGACAUAGAAAAACAAUCUUGCGACUCAACACAAGCAUUGGUGACCUUCACAAGUGCCAGCAUAUCGUAUGAUAUGCCCACCAGCAAUUCAUUAAUGCCAUCAUCCUAUCAAAUGACAGAAGGCUGCAAUCUUUCGUCAGUCGCAUUCGUUCCCUGUCACUAGUUUCAGUGGCGGUACAGAAAAUAUCUCUGUUUACAACAUUUUUAACCCUGAAAGUAAGUGUGGAUGUGUGCAUACAGUCUUGGAGAGUACUUCUGAAUUACAGUUACACACAUCAGAAAACAGUGACAACACUUGUGGCAGGCUGAAAAUCCAAUACUUGAGCCUUCUCAGCCUGCUUCUGAAAUCUGAGAUGAAGAAAGAAACUGAGAGCUGCUGAAGUUUGUGCAGUUGUAUUAGCUGCUCUCUUUUAAAGUAGCACUAGUCAGAAAGGGCAUCAAUUGGUCAAGAGCAAAAAUAGCAUGUUGAAUUUAUAACCUUCUUUUUUCAAAGCAUCACCUGAUAUUCUCAGGGGUUGUGUUAUUUUUUUUUUCCUGU